CGCGCGUCGGGCGGGGAGCCGGGGAACUACGAAUCCCGGCGGGCAUGGUGCUGGGGCGCUUCCGGCUGGCGCGCCUCGGCCCUUUCCCGGCCGGCGGCCGAGGGGGCAAGAUGAAGCGGGAGGGUGGCACCGCCGUUGUCCGGCAGCUGCGGGCGGGGGUCGCUGCCCGAAGGCCCUAGAUGCCCCCACAGGGGUCGCUGCCCGAAGGCCCUAGAUGCCGCUCUAGAGCAUGACCUCGGGCAAGAGCGCCCGCUACAGCCGCUUCUCCACUCCGGACAGCACUGCUGGGACCAGAAUGGAAACGACCUUCGGGCCUGCCUUUUCAGCCGUCACCACUGUCGCGAAAGCUGAUGGAGCCAGCACGUACAAGCAGCACCGCAGGACGCCUUCCUCCUCCAGCACUCUGGCCUACUCCCCACGCGACGAAGAGGACAGCAUGCCCCCCAUCAGCACGCCCCGCCGCUCUGACUCGGCCAUCUCUGUCCGCUCCCUGCACUCCGAGUCCAGCAUGUCCCUGCGCUCCACGUUCUCGCUGCCCGAGGAGGAGGAGGAGCCGGAGCCGCUGGUGUUUGCAGAGCAGCCCUCCGUGAAGCUGUGCUGCCAGCUGUGCUGCAGCGUGUUCAAGGACCCCGUGAUCACCACGUGCGGGCACACGUUCUGUAGAAGAUGUGCCCUGAAGUCAGAGAAGUGCCCCGUGGACCACGCCAAGCUGACGGUGGUGGUGAACAACAUCGCGGUGGCCGAGCAGAUCGGCGAGCUCUUCAUCCACUGCCGGCACGGCUGCCGGGCGGUGGGGGCCGGGAAGCCCCCCGCCUUCGAGGUGGACCCCCGCGGGUGCCCCUUCACCAUCAAGCUCAGCGCCCGCAAGGAGCACGAGAGCAGCUGCGACUACAGGCCCGUGCGGUGCCCCAACAACCCCGGCUGCCCCCCGCUCCUGACCAUGCACCUGGAGGCCCACCUCAAGGAAUGCGAGCACAUCAAGUGUCCUCACUCCAAGUACGGAUGCACGUUCAUCGGGAACCAGGACACGUACGAGACGCACCUGGAGACGUGCCGCUUCGAGGGCCUGAAGGAGUUCCUGCAGCAGACGGACGACCGCUUCCACGAGAUGCACGUGGCGCUGGCCCAGAAGGACCAGGAGAUCGGCUUCCUGCGCUCCAUGCUGGGCAAGCUCUCCGAGAGGGUGGACCAGCUGGAGAAGAGCCUGGAGCUCAAGUUCGAUGUCCUGGAUGAGAACCAGAGCAAGCUCAGCGAGGACCUCAUGGAGUUCCGCAGGGACGCGUCCAUGCUGAACGACGAGCUGUCCCACAUCAAUGCGCGGCUGAACAUGGGCAUCCUAGGAUCCUACGACCCUCAGCAGAUUUUCAAGUGCAAAGGGACCUUCGUGGGCCACCAGGGCCCCGUCUGGUGUCUCUGUGUCUACUCCAUGGGUGACCUGCUCUUCAGCGGCUCCUCCGACAAGACUAUCAAGGUGUGGGACACGUGCACCACCUACAAGUGCCAGAAGACCCUCGAGGGCCACGAUGGCAUCGUGCUGGCUCUCUGCAUCCAGGGGUGCAAACUCUACAGUGGCUCCGCAGACUGCACCAUCAUUGUGUGGGACAUCCAGAACCUGCAGAAGGUGAACACCAUCCGGGCCCACGACAACCCCGUGUGCACCCUGGUCUCCUCCCACAACAUGCUCUUCAGCGGCUCCCUGAAGGCCAUCAAGGUCUGGGACAUCGUGGGCACAGAGCUGAAGCUGAAGAAGGAGCUCACGGGCCUCAACCACUGGGUGCGGGCCCUGGUGGCUGCCCAGAGCUACCUGUACAGCGGCUCCUACCAGACAAUCAAGAUCUGGGACAUCCGGACCCUGGACUGCAUCCACGUCCUGCAGACGUCCGGGGGCAGCGUCUACUCAAUCGCGGUGACGAAUCACCACAUCGUGUGCGGCACCUACGAGAACCUCAUCCACGUGUGGGACAUCGAGUCCAAGGAGCAGGUGCGGACCCUAACGGGCCAUGUGGGCACCGUGUACGCCCUGGCGGUCAUCUCCACACCAGACCAGACCAAAGUCUUCAGUGCGUCCUACGACCGGUCCCUCAGGGUCUGGAGCAUGGACAACAUGAUCUGCACACAGACGCUGCUGCGUCACCAGGGAAGUGUGACGGCGCUGGCCGUGUCCCGGGGCCGGCUCUUCUCAGGGGCUGUGGACAGCACCGUGAAGGUGUGGACUUGCUAACAGAAGCCAGGCCGGGCUGGGCUUCUUCUGGGCUGCUCUGGCGCUGUCCGAGCCAGGCUGGCCACAUGGCGUGGGCUCUGGGUAUCCGCCUGCCCUGGGGGACGGGGGACAGGCUCCGGCAGCCGGCAGCCUGCUCGCCCUGUGCUCCCGGCUGCCAGGACAGUGCCCAGGCCCCCCCUCCAGGUGCCAGGUACGACACUCCUCGGCCCACCCCACCCCGGGCACCCUGGGCCUUUUUACUCAGCUUUUCUACGGUUUCUAGGCUGUGCACAGAUUUGAUUACUCCCGACUGAAACAGAGGCUGCACUGACCACGGCUGUGCGCAGGGCCGGGGCCGGGCAGUCAGGGCACCUUCCCUCCCUGCGGCCUGGUGGCUCCUGUACCCCCCCGCCCCGUCCCCAAAGCCCCAGCCCCAAAGAGUGAGCCAGGCAGCUGCAUUUCUGCUGUUUAUUGACAGCCGACAGCCCAGAUCUCCCUCCCCGCUUGCUGGAGGCCCAGCCUGGGCCACCCCCCAAGGAGAGGCCAGGUGGACAUCGGGCAGUCGGGAAGGGCCCCCAGCACCCGGCUCCACCUCCGCCAGGCUCCUCCAUCAGCCCCACACAACUGCUAGUUUCUGGCAUUUUUUAAAAUUUUUUUACGAAAUGUCAAAGUUGUGCCCAACACUUGUGGAUCAGCAAACGACAGAGGAGACCAGUCAGUACUGUGGGAGGGAGGGAAGGGGAGAGGGCGAGAAGGACCACACACACAGCCUUGGACGUGGAGCAGAAGCAUCCGUGGGACGGGUGGGCUGCCUGCACAGGGCCCCCGGGGAGCCGGCACACCCUGACGCGACUGCCCACUGCUGCCACGCCAGCACCCAGGAACGAGCCCCUCCCGCGGUCCGCGUGGCGUGGCGUGGCGUGGCGAGGACAAGCCCAUCAGUGAGCAAGGCACAUCCUUCGAGUUCUGGGGACGCGGAGAAGUCACAAGAGGGGCAGGGGGAGCCCUGGGCGAGCACCCACCCCCGGGCCCGCCGCAAGCCCCGGUGUGUGCAGGUGCUAGGGGCCUGGUCAUCCUGGCGGGGGAGGGGGACAGUGGACAGACGGGCCUGGGCCGGGAACAGCUUUGCGUCUCCAGUGAGAUCAGUGUCCUUUCAGUUGGUAAAUGGUUUUCUAUAGAAUCAAUAAUAUUUCUUUCUUUAAAUAUAUAUUUGUUAAAGUUA